ACAUUUGGCUCCAGUGGCUCAGGCAAUGGGCAGUUCGAUAAACCAUUUGGAGUUAGUUGUGACGCUGGGAAUGUAUACAUUGCUGAUACGUUGAACCACAGAGUACAAGUGUUCACAGCAGAUGGAGAGUACAUUCGACAGUUUGAGAAGAGAGGAAGCGGAAAGAACGGAAUAGCCAUGGACUCAAGCAACAUAGUCUAUGUUAGUGACUCUGCUAACAAUAUCUCAGUCUUCACUAAAGAGGGACACUUUCUGACAUCAUUUGGCACGCAAGGAAAUGGACCGGGACAGUUCAACCGUCCAACUGGAAUAACUAUUUCAAGGAAUGGGGUCGUCUAUGUCUGUGACUGCAACAAUGGGCGUAUUCAAGUUGGGACUCUACUGAAGUUGGUUGGUUCUUCAGUUCCAGUGGAUGAGUCUCAUUCUCUUCUGGAACCUCUCCUCAGAGAUAAGUCCAAGGUGGGGGUGAUGGCAGGGCGGGCGUGGCAGGAGAUCCAGAGUGUCGUCUCUCUCUUUCGUCUCCUGGGGGGUAAGGAGCAAGUGUUACUCCACCCCGCACUCUCCCCCGCCUACCACCAUUACUCCGGAGUAGUCUUCUCCGUGUUCCAGACGACGGGGGAGGUCCAUAGAGGUCAACGACGUCAUCGGAGCAGGAUUAUACCUGUUGCUAUUGGUGGGAGAUACGACAGACUGCUGAGUGGCCUCAAGUCCAGUGGGGGCGGAGUCUCUCCUAGAAUGGGCGUGGUUGGCGUGGGUGUGGUUGGGGAGGAGAUUAUGAGGGGCGUGACAUCUGAAUACCAACAUGGAAGGUGUCCAGUGACCAAGAGCAGUGUCCUGGUGUGCUGGCUGGGGCACGAGUCACUGCAGGCUCAGUGUUUGAAGCUGAUCACGCAGCUGUGGUCUCACGGGGUGGCAGCUGACUUGGUGUACGAGAACCAGGAGCUAGACUCCCUGGAAGACAUUCAGGAAUUCUGCCGCCGGAGUCUGAUACCGCACAUCGUGGUGUUGAGUGACAAGGAGCUGUUUUUUGAGAGGAAGCAGGUUAGAUUGAGGUCACUGGAGGCCAACGGGAAGACGUCGGAAAGGGUCAUGGGCGUGGCGGAGCUACCAGAGGUUCUCCUGCAGCAGAGAUACAGUACGGACCGCAGCGACUCCGUAGAGACUCAGACAACCACCAGAUCAGGGGGAGGCCCCUCUGGUUCAGACUCGUUUCCCUCCAACGCACGACCACCAGUCAGUGUGACUGUUUUGUCGACCUCUAAGCUGAGUGGCCACAACAAGAGAAAGAUCCAUGAUGCUACUCUGACAAAGCUGCUGCCAUUGCUGGAGACCUUUCCCUCCAAACAGCCUCUGGAGAUAUUGGUGGUGGACCUUAAAAGUGAUGUCCUGUGUUCUUUGGCUGCGGAAGUCAAUGUAAGCUCUCUCUCUAUAUAGCUGCUCAUGAUUCCUCAUUUGGCGGGACGGCUAAUGGCAGUCCCCACACUAAGGAUUUGUUCUGAAAACUGAUCCUGAUAACAGGAAUUUGAGUGUGUGUGUGUGUGUGCAUGUGUCACCGUUCUUGUGAAACGGUGUGUGUGUGUGCGUCACUAAAGCAUGACUACUGCCCAAUACUUGGAAUAGGGACGGUAUAGCUUCGGAACCUAGGCCUUCCUGUUUAUGCCUGUGCAUCAUGUACAUUUGGAUUAUGGUACACAUGAUGGUGGUCUUGUUAGUCUGAAGGCCCUUUGUUGUUGCGUGAGUUAAAAUCUUAUGCAGUAACGUCAUGUGUGGGUAUAUAUGAAGUCCGUAGAGAAAAGAAAUAGAGCCUUUUGUAUUGUGUGUUGCAUGGACUAUCAUAGGGAUAAAGUGCAAUGGAGCAUUGCCACACGCAAGUGUCUUGGUGUGUCUUGACCAAGAUACUUAUUGGCUUGGGGAUUUCGGCUUGGGGAUUUCGGCUAUGGUUGAUGUAAGCGAUGUCCCUUUCGUGUCUCUUUUUCUCUCCGUGGUUCCAGAGAAAGAUAUGUGGACCAGACGGCGGAGAUAUGGUGUCGGUUGUCAAGUCCCUCACCGAGAGGAGCACAAGAAUCUCUCCCUCACAUAAGCCGUGACAAUUAUCUUAGUGCCAAUGAAUGUAUGUCGUUUCUCUCCAGACACUCGGCACUAAACAAGAAGUACGUCACUAGAGUCUGCGAGAGUAUUGAGGAACUGCUGCAGAAAAGAGUGUCCAUGGUAUUUGUGUACAGCCACUCUUCGGAACACUGUCAGACUAUUCUGAACUCUCUCGAGUCACUCGGCAACCUUCACAUCACUGCUUCAUGAUCUCAAUCAUGCAUGCGACAUCAUUGCUGUAUCACAUGAUCCUCACACUUGGUCACGUGACCUCGUCCGUCACAAAACAUUCAUACAAUGAGUCACCCAGUUCACAAUGUGUGUAUGUUUAUUUAUUACAUUUUUUAAUUCCGUGGUGGUUAA